AUGCCUAAAUGUGACUACAGUGACAAACAAAUAGCCAAGAUAUCUCUUAUUCUUGAGUGCAAUAAAUGCUCAAAAACUGUGCAUGGUAACCAGGCCUGCAUCGGCCUAACAUCUAAACAAUUAGCGGCACUGCGCAAUACUGAAAAUCUGGAAUGGACCAGCGUAGAUUGUCGCCGUGAAUCUCCAAGAUACAAAUCAUUUGCCAUACUAGAAGUAGAGGAAGAAGAACUAGUAAUGACACAGGGAAAUGAAAGCGGAUCCAGCGCGAUGAAAAAGUUACUAAAUGACAUAUCACUCGAGGUUAAAAAAAGCAGUAAAGAAAGAAAUAGGCUUAGUAAACGAAGCUCUCAGUUCUUGCUGUCAAAAAUGGAUGUAAUAAUGGAUAAUUUAGUAUGA